GGUGGCAGCUGGGGCUCCAGCUUUGAAUGCUUUCUCAAAAGCCCUGAAUCUUUUACCUUCAACUUUGUGUAAACUCUGACUGGACUGGCAAAUCAAUGGAGCUGAAGUUCUAUUACUGGGGAUAUAUCGCCAUCUGUAACAGGAUCAUCAUCUACAGCCUGCCUCCUCACUUUGCAUUCCAAGCCACCUCAGCAAACAUCUUUCCCUCGCCUCGUCUUGUGCAACAUGGUGUUUCUUCUCCAUGGAGGCCAUAGUCAUUAACGACUUUACUGCACAAACAGACGAUGAACUGAGUGUCAUGCGUGGAUCACAAGUAAAGAUUUUGGAUUUAUACUGUGACGACAACUUUUACAAAGCAGAGCAGUGUGGGAAAGAAGGCAUGAUUCCCAAGAAUUGUGUCCAAGUUAAACCACAUGGCUGGUAUUAUGGGUCCAUGAAUCAAGUCGAAGCUGAAGACCUGCUGAGCAAACAAAGAGAAAACGGAGCCUUCCUCAUCCGAAGGAGCGAGUCCACUCCGGGGGAUUUCAUCCUCUCUGUCAAGUCUGGCAACACUGUCCAGCACCUCAAGGUCUUGCGUGACGGCUCAGGAAUGUAUUUCCUCUGGGUUGUAAAGUUCAACUCAUUGAACCAACUAAUGUCAUAUCACUACACGUCCUCUGUGAUCCGCAACGAAACAAUCUAUCUCCAAGACACCGAGGGAAUCCAUGAUCCACAGAGUGUGCGGGCGAUGUUUGACUUUGAGUCUAAGGAGAACGGCGAGCUGAGCUUCAAGUCUGGAGACAUCAUUCAGGUCGUGGAUCGGUCUGAUGCCAACUGGUGGAAAGGAACGUGCAAAGGACAGUACGGCAGUUUCCCCUACAAUUAUGUGACACAAUGUGAAAAGUAACCGUACCUGAUGAAAUGAAAAGCAAAAGAAGCAUGUCUUUUGACACGGCCGUGCUACACCGGAGAUGAGCAGAGCAGGCGGGCUGUUAUUCCUCAAAUCUGCACAGAUCUCAAAUGAAGUAAAGAGGGUUAGGUUAGGGUGUUUUGUGUGGAUUAUUCUUACUCAAUGUGGUGGCGGUAACAAUCAUUUAUUGUAUUGACGCACUAUCAUUUUGAGUUUAUUGCCUUGAAAAAAGAAACCUGCCACUGGACACGUCUGCUAAAAACAGAUCAAUGACAAGAUGCCAGUUGAGACGAUCAAAACGCAUUGUGCUGGAUAAGUUUAAUGAUACAUUUUUUAAUUACUUUUAUGUAAUGUGUGGUGUGCUGCGUCAAUUUUAAUAAUGGGGUCCCUAUCCUUUGUUUUGUAAGUUGAUAUUAUAAUAUUUCAAAUGCAGUAUGCCAAAAAUACCAGGAUGUCCUACUACAUCUGGUUGCAUUUUGCAGAGGUAGCUCACUGGGCUAGACAUUUAAGCUAAAAACAAUUAGGGCCAUCAAAGUUAACGCGAUAAUAACGCAUUGAAGCAAAUUCGUUUUAACGCCACUAAUUUCUUUAAUGCAUUAACGAAACUUUAGAUUUUUAGGUUGUAACAGGCUCAGGUUUAAAGCUAGAAACUAUAAAAACCUAAGGAAUCCAUUGGUACCAACCAUGUCAUACUAGCUUGUCGGGAAGGAGGCUAAAUAACGCUCCAAACUAGCGCUGAAUUUUGACGAGGAUGACCUGGCAUGGCAAUUUUCAAAGGGGUCCCUUGACCUCUGACCUCAAGAUGUGAAUGAAAACGGGUUCUAUGGUUACCCACGAGUCUCCCCUUUACAGACAUGCCCAUUUUAUGAUAAUCAAGUGCA